UACUAUGCAUAUUUAUGUCAGUUUUACUUCUUCCAGGUAUAUGGGCCUGGCACUCAAACCAGAGCAUUCCAAUAUGUCAGCGACCUUGUGAAUGGGCUCGUGGCCUUAAUGAAUAGCAAUGUUAGCAGUCCUGUUAACUUGGGAAAUCCAGAGGAACACUCUAUUCUAGAAUUUGCCCAGUUAAUUAAAAAGCUUGUUGGCAGUGGAAGUGAAAUCCAGUUUCUGUCAGAAGCUCAAGAUGAUCCUCAAAAAAGGAAGCCAGAUAUCAGAAAAGCAAAGCUAUUACUUGGUUGGGAACCUGUGGUUCCAUUGGAAGAAGGUUUAAAUAAAGCAAUUCAUUAUUUUCGGAAAGAACUGGAAUAUCAAGCGAAUAACCAGUAUAUUCCUAAACCAAAACCUGCUAGGAUAAAAAAAGGAAGAACCAGACAUAACUAAAAACUCAAUUGGACAAGAAAUGAAAUGUCUUACCUUGUAUUGGAGAAGAUGUCGUAUGUCUUUUGGAAAAGACUUCAGAAACAGGUAUAAUGAAGAAAAAGAACUGGAAUUUCACUCUGAAGCUUGCUUUAAAGAAGUGGAUGUGCCUCAACAAGAAAACUGCAAUUCUUGCCUUGCACUUUUUAAAUCUGUCUUUUUAUGUAAAAUAGAUGCAUCCUUUUUUAGUACCUUCAGGUUUUAUAUCUUGCUGUGAGAUCAUUUGUUCUAACUGUCCUUGACAGUUUUAUUUACUGGUUUCUUUGUGAAGCUGCGGAUAAGAUAAGAGGGGCAGAAUUGCCAAUUUAUUUAUAAAAUGGGUACUUUAAAUGAGAGAUACUAUGCAUAAAGGAGAAAGGGUAGCAGUAUUGUCAGGUGACAAACACUGGCAUUUAGUAAACAAUCUGUACAAGAGCUUUAUGUAUUCUUUAAAUCCAUUUUUCCCCCAAACGUUUAGUUCUAGUUGCCUACUUGAAUUUGAACUUUUUCCACUGAACACCAUGGAUAAAUGCUAUUUUAAAUCACUACUGUAUUGUGCAUACUCUGGGCAAGAGUUAAUGUAUUAUUGGUUACCAGUGGUUGGAUAUGCUAUUUUAAUAAAACACUGAACCUUACAGAUUUAAGUAAGUGAAAA